AUGAGUCACUCUGAAUCGUCAACAUAUAAGCGAAGAAUCGCUCCGUUCACAGCGUUUUUUGCGGUCAUACUGCUUAUAGUUAUGGGAAUUCAUACAGCCCAGCAUUUUGAUGAUGGCUCUAUAGAAUCAGCUGCAAACACUUCUGCUUCUCAUCGCAAGCUUAUGAAUCAUGCAGCAAUGGAAAAGAAACAAGAAAAUGAAGAGAUAAAGGGGAAGGGAAAGACACGAGUAAAGCCCGAACGCAUAUGGGGCGACCAGUGUUCGAAAUCCGAUAUAGUGAUAAGCCAGGGGGCCACAGAAUCACUGCCAAAUGGGAUUCCAACGUACACUGUGGAGAUCAUGAAUGUAUGCACUUCGGGGAGCGACAUUUCAGAGAUACACUUGAACUGCGGUUGGUUCAGCUCAGCUCGACUGAUCAACCCUCAUGUCUUUAAGCGGCUCAGCUUUGAUGAUUGCCUAGUUAAUGACGGUAAACCCCUUUCCAUUGGCCGCACCCUCUCAUUUCAAUACGCCAACACCUUCCCUUACCGUCUAUCUGUCUGGUCCGUCAAUUGCUGA